ACCACCAUGGAAGACGGGAGGAUGCUCUUCCUCUUCAAACGGGAGGAAGUGCAGCUCUGAUUCUAACUGAUAAAAGUAUUCAGAGUUCAGACUCCAUGUUGAUGUGGACGGAGCAGCAGAGGAGACCAGAUUCAAAGAUGGUCGGUGUUUCUGGUUCAUGUCUCUGAAUGACUGAAGUCCAGAAGAUGGAUGAUUGUGUGGAGAAAGAGGAGGAGAGACCAGAGUCUCCAGGAUCCAUCUGUCUGUCUAUGAAGAGUGACUGGUCCAAAAAUGAUCCUCUAAACUUCAGUAAAGAACCUGGACCCUCAGACACAAAAGGUCGGUACCCCAGUCAGAGACCAAAGUCUCCAGGAUCCAGCUGUCUGUCUAUGAAGAGUGACUGGUCCAAAGAUCAACCUCCAAACUUCAGUAAAGAACCUGGACCCUCAGACACAAAAGGUCGGUACCGCAGUCAGAGACCAGAGUCUCCAGGAUCCAGCUGUCUGUCUAUGAAGAGUGACUGGUCCAAAGAUCAACCUCCAAACUUCAUUAAAGAACCUGGACCCUCAGACACAAAAGGGAGGAAGAGGACAGGAGUUCGUGUGGAGGAGCAGCCGUCCUGCUGUCCUUUGUGUCAGGACGUCCUGAAGGAUCCAGUCUCCAGCAGCUGUGGACACUGGUUCUGCAGACGCUGCAUGAGCUCAUAUUGGGACCAGUCUGCUCCAGCAGGACCGUCCUCCUGUCCUCAGUGUGGAGAAAGAUCCAGAACCAGAGCUGGACUGCAGACAGCCAGUCAGAGCAGAACUGUACGAGCAGAUGCUGGUCUGCAGGAGGUCCGAGAUGAACACAAGACCAGUCUGAGGAGCAGAUGUGAACAUGUGACUGAAGGAACUGAUGAACCAGGAAGUAGAACCGCCCUCAACAGGAUCUACACGGAGCUCUUCAUCACAGAAGGACUGAGUGAAGAGGUUGAUACCCAACAUGAGGUGAGGCAGCUGGAGACAGCUUCCAGGAUGAAGAGCCUCCAUGACGCUCCAAUCAGGUGCGAGGACAUCUUUAAAGCCUUACCUGACCAACGUGGAGCCAUCAGAGUGGUUCUGACCAACGGCGUCGCUGGCGCUGGGAAAACCUUCUCGGUUCAGAAGUUCUCUCUGGACUGGGCCGAGGGCUCGGAGAACCAAGACGUCACCGUGGUGAUUCUGCUCUCGUUCAGGGAGCUGCACCUGAUCGGAGAUGAGCAGCUCAGUCUUCUCAGGCUGAUCCAGGUUUUCCAUCCAUCGUUCCAGAAGCUCACAGCAGAGCAGCUGGCUGCCGGGAAACCGUUGUUCAUCUUUGACGGCCUGGAUGAAAGCAGACGUUCACUGGACUUCAACAACGGUCCGGUCGUGUCUGACGUCACACAGAGCUCAUCGGUCAACGUGCUGCUGACCAACCUCAUCCAGGGGAACCUGCUUCCCUCAGCUCUCAUCUGGAUCACUUCCAGACCUGCAGCAGCCAAUCAGAUCCCUCAGAAACACGUGGACAGGGUGACAGAAGUACGAGGCUUCACCGACGGCCAGAAGGAGGAAUACUUCAGGAGGAGGUUCAGGGAUGAAGAGCGGUCCAGCAGCAUCGUCUCCCACAUGAAGACAUCCAGAACCCUCCACAUCAUGUGUCAACUCCCGGUCUUCUGCUGGAUCACUGCUACAGUUCUGGACCACAUGUUGAGCACAGAGCAGAGAGGAGAGCUGCCCAAGACCCUGACUGACAUGUUCUCCCACUUCCUGCUGGUCCAGACCAAGAGGAAGAGGAACAAGUACCAGGAGGGACAUGAGACGAGUCCACAGGAGCUGACUGAGGCUGACAGGGACCUUCUCCUGAAGCUGGGGAGGCUGGCGUUUCAACAUCUGGAGAAAGGAAACAUCAUGUUCUAUCAAGAAGACCUGGAGCAGUGUGGUCUUGAUGUCCCAGAGGCCUCGGUGUACUCAGGAGUUUGUACCCAGAUCUUCAGGAGAGAGUGUGAGGUCUUCCAGAAACCCGUCUACUGCUUUGUUCAUCUGAGCAUCCAGGAGUUCCUGGCUGCAGUCUACGUGCUGCACUGUUGGUCCACCAGGAACACAGAUGUGCUGGAGAACUUCCUGGGAGGAAACUACAGAUACUCAUCCCUGGAUGACUUCCUGAAGAGAGUCAUGCAGAAAUCCCUGGACAGUAAAAAUGGCCACCUGGACCUGUUUGUCCGCUUCCUUCAUGGUCUUUCUGUGGAGUCCAACCAGAGACUGUUAGGAGGUCUGCUGGACCAGGGGGAGAACGAUCCAGAAACCAUCCAGACAGUCAUCAACAACCUGAAGCAGAUGAACACUAUCAGUAUCUCUCCUGACAGAAGCAUCAACAUCUUCCAGUGUCUGAUGGAGAUGAACGACCUCUCAGUUCAUCAGCAGAUCCUAGAGUUCCUGAAGUCAGAGAACAGAUCAGAGGAGGAACUCUCUGAGAUCCAGUGUUCAGCUCUGGCCUACAUGCUGCAGAUGUCGGAGGAGGUUCUGGAUGAGUUGGACCUGAACAAGUACAAGACAACAUUGGGGGGUCGACGGAGACUGAUUCCAGCUGUGAGGAACUGCAGAAAGGCUCGAUUUGUUGGUUGUUAUCUCUCAGAGACUCACUGUGAAGUUGUUGCGUCCGCUCUGAAGUCCAACCCCUCCCAUCUGACAGAACUGGACCUGAGUCGGAACCAGAACCUGCAGGAUUCAGGAGUGAAGCUUCUGUCUGGUGGACUGGAGAGUCCAAACUGUGGACUGGAGACUCUGAGAUUGCAGGACUGCGGGAUGUCAGAGAUCAGCUGUUCUUCUCUGGUCUCAGCUCUGAAGUCCAACCCCUCCCAUCUGGAACAUCUGGACCUGAGUCUGAACAAGCUGCAGGAUUCAGGAGUGAAACAUCUGUGUGGUUUCCUGGAGAGUCUAGACUGCAGACUUGAGACUCUGAGGUUGGAGCGCUGCUGGUUGUCAGAGAUCAGCUGUUCUUCUCUGGUCUCAGCUCUGAAGUCCAACCCCUCCCAUCUGAAACAUCUGGACCUGAGUGGGAACUACUACCUGCAGGAUUCAGGAGUGAAACAUCUGUGUGGUUUCCUGGAGAGUCCAGACUGCAGACUGGAGACUCUGAGCUUGCAGUGCUGCGGUCUGUCAGAGAUCAGCUGUUCUUCUCUGGUCUCAGCUCUGAAGUGCAACCCCUCCCAUCUGAAACAUCUGGACCUGAGCAGGAACAACCUGCAGGCUGCAGAUGUGGAGCAGCUGUCUGAUCUGGUGCAGAGUCUAGACUACAAGCUGCAGACUCUCAGAAUAAAAAGGAGCUAAACAGAUGACGGUGGACCAGGUGGACUCUUCUCAGAGGAGACGUCCUCCUAUAAUCUCUCAACACCAGCAAAGGUUGAAACAUGUGGCUCCACCAACCUCCACCUCUCCCCUCGUCAAACACCCUCGUCUGACGUUCUACUCAUUUUUUGGGUUAAAUGAGGUUCAAAGCGACUCUUCAGAAAACCUCUGGGUGACGUCACAGAGGGUUUUAAGUUCUUCUAACUUAACUCGGUCUGUUGUUAGCACUCAGCAAGAUGUUUUUGUACAAAUUUAAAAAAAAUACAGGUCGUCAAAGGUUGUGCUUUUGAGAACAAGGUUUGUUUAGAAGAAAAAAAGAGCCGAGUCGGUGUUGUUGCUGUACAAGGAGAGGACAUUUAUUGAGGAAUUCCCAACAGCAGUAAGUCGUCGGCAGUAAGUCAGACUUGUUCCCAGUGCAUGUUGGACUCCGGCAGGGCUGUCCUUUGUCACCGGUCCUGUUCAACAUUUUUAUGGACAGGAUUUUUAGGUGCAGCCAGGGGCCGGAGGGGAUCCGGUUUGGGAACCACAGGAUUUCGUCUCUGCUUUUUGCGGAUGAUGUUGUCCUGUUGGCUUCAUCAGACCUGGACCUUCAGCAUGUGCUGGGGCGGUUUGAGGCCGAGUGCGACACGGCAGGGAUGAGAAUCAGCACCUCCAAGACCGAGGCCAUGGUUCUCCACCGGGAAAGGGUGGCGUGCCUUCUCCGGGUGGGUGGAGAAGUCCUGCCUCAGGUGGAGGAGUUCAAGUAUCUCGGGGUCUUGUUCACGAGUGAGGGAACGAUGGAGCGGGAGAUUGACAGACGGAUCGGUGCAGCGUCCGCAGUUAUGCGGUCGGUGUACCUGACCGUCGUGGUGAAGAAGGAGCUGAGUCGAAAGGCGAAGCUCUCUAUUUACCGGUCAAUCUACGCACCUACCCUCACCUAUGGUAAUGAGUAGUGACUGAAAGGAUAAGAUCGCAGGCGAGAUGAGUUUCCUCCGCAGGGCGGCUGGACGCUCCCUUAGAGAUGAGUUUCCUCCGCAGGGCGGCUGGACGCUCCCUUAGAGAUAGGGUGAGGAGUUCGGUCACCCGGGAGGAGCUCGGAGUCGAGCCGCUGCUCCUUCACAUUGAGAGGAGUCAGCUGAGGUGGCUUGGACAUCUGUACCGGAUCCUCCUGGACGCCUCCCUAGGGAGGUGUUCCAGGCAUGUUCCUCCUCCACAGGGAGGUGUUCCAGGCAUGUCCCUCCUCCCUAGGGAGGUGUUCCAGGCAUGUCCCACCGGGAGGAGACCCCGGGGAAGACCCAGGACACGCUGGAGAGACUAUGUCUCUCGGCUGGCCUGGGAACUUCUCGGACUCCCCCCGGAAGAGCUGGAGGAAGUGUCUGGGGUGAGGGAAGUCUGGGCAUCUCUGUUGAGACUGCUGCCCCCGCGACCCGGGAACGGAUAAGCGGCGGACGAUGGAUGGAUGGAUGGAUGGAUGGAUGGAUAAAAUAUGUUCAGCAAUUCAAGUUCUACACGGACAGCCUUGUUUUAGCUUUCAUAAGACAGCCAUCUUGAAAAAUGGCCGCCAUCUUGGAUUUUCAGGUGGCUAACGGGCUUUUCUGCAUAAGUAGGUACUCGGCAAUGUUCAUGCAAAAUUUGGUGCUUGUCUCACAAAGUGAACGAUUCUCCUAAAAACCUGACUUAAUUUCCCUCACUAUAAAAGCCCAGAUGAUGAGAUGCUGUUCAGUGUCUAGAGUCAAACCCGUCAAAGUAAAAAUAUCAAGUGAAAACAGAAUAAAAGAAAAGUCCCCAUACAAACUGCACAACUUUAUAAACAGCAACGAAUCAGAGCAAACGUAUUCACCAAACUCAAACUCCUGUUAUAUUGUUGUUUGAAAAGAGAGAGAGGAGAGAAAAAGGUUGGGCUGCUGAGUCUAACCCGGAAGUAAAGGAGGUUGCAGUUCCUUGACUGACCACUGGGGGCUGGCUCCAAAGACGAGUCUCCUUUGGCCUCCGUGUUGAAAUGUCUACAUUUGCAGCAGAAACAAACUUAUUGGUCAAGAAUAUAGUUCUGGUCCCCGUAGCUGGAUGCUAAUGCUAUCAAUGCUAGUUCUGGUAACAACUCACUGUUGUCAGGGUAGAGAAUGUUUUUCUCUAGUUUGGAAGUAUUGUUGUAGCCUAAACAACUAUUAAGUCGAACCGUUUUUCACGAGUUUGCUAGUACUGUAUGCUAACACGCUAAACUUUCUUUCCAAAAUCAACCAAAUGAGUUAAACAUUUUAAAAAUCAAAUCACAUCCUUUUAAGUUUUGAAACCUUAUACUUCGGUCUUGCCCCUUUUCUAAAAUGCAGGAAAGAAAUAAAACUACUGCAAUCACUCUUAGUGGCGAGUAAGAAGGCCAUAACCAGGAGAUGGUUAAAUCCAACCCAACCUACUCUGGAUGACUGGAUUGGGAUUACUGACUCUAGAGAUAUUUAGGAUGGAAAAACUAACCUAUCAACUGAGAACCCAAGAGGAUAAGUUUUACCCAAUCUGGACCAAUUGGAUUUCUUUCAUAGCCUAUCCCCCAUUAGAGCAGACUUUAUUUGACCUCACUGCUAAUUCUGUGUUUUAUUUUAUUUUAUUUUUGAUUGACUAUUCAUAUGAUGGCAGCGGCAGGUGACCCUCCUGUUAUUUGUACAUAGUUCUUCAGCAAAAUGUUCUACCUUGAAUAAGUGAAAUCAGGGUUGUUCAAAAGUAAACACACUGUUUAAGACUGUUUAUUUUGUACUCUUUGACAAUAUGUAAGCAUUCUCCAAAAGGAUGAUGUGAAACCACAGUUGUGACUCAUGUCACAACAAAAAAGACUAAGUUACUAGUGGAAUGAUGAUCCACACAAAGAACUAAUUGACCUACAGCAGUGUCUCCCAACCUGGGCUCCGCGCCUGGGGGGACGGCAGAGAUCUCCAAACUUUGCCUGGAUAUGCAGUUGUAAAAAUUAUAUUUGCGCAUGUUAAAUAAAUAAAAAAUCAUAAUGGAAUACGGUAAUCCCUUGUUUUUUUUUGUUUUUUUUACAAUUAUUAUACAAGGCUUCUAAUUGCGGAGAUCAGCACCACCCCACCGCAACCCAAUUAAUUGGAUUUGUACAAGAGAAAAUGAAAAAUGAUUAUGAAAAAAGUACAAAAGUACAGUAGGAAAAAUUGUGACUCGGGCAUAUUUCACUGCUCUUCUGACUGCGCCGCUGCAUCCUGACUCUGCCGGCGGUGCAGGUGUUUAUUUACAUAGUUAUGGGUAGUUGUUGUCGCUCUUUUUUUUUCUGCAAAAAGAUUCUUAUAAACCUACAUGCCACCGUCGAUUAUAUUUAGCAGUACAUACCUGUCCGAGACAGCCUUUAACGCCCUUGUAACAACAAAAACAAAAGCACGCAACAGACUUGAUGUCAACCAGGACUUCAGGCUGGCUGUCACAAGCAUCAAACCCAACAUCGCAUCCCUCGUCAGUUAUACAAGCCCAAGGUUGGCAUUAGUUCAUGAAUGAACAGAAUGACACAAUCAUUCAUAAGACAUUGUUAGGAAUAAUUUAUGAAUGUCUUUGAAUCAUUUUUGUGUUUUUUGUUCACUGGUGACAAACACAGGAAAUGAUUGUAUUACUUAUUAUAUCAUUAUUCAAUAUUUAAUCAUACUACUACGCCGACAGGUUUUAAAGGAAUGUUAAAACAUUUUGCUCUCAUAUUAAAAGAGACAUUUUUCAGAAAUAUUUUUAUGUCCUUGCAAUUAUUUUUGUGCGUAUUUUAUACAUUGGUGACACAAAAUAAAGGUGAAAAAAACAAAGUCAUAUGUAUACAGGGUAAACCAAAGAGAAAUGUAUCAAAAAAACAUAAUUAAUGUUAAUUUUUUCAAUUAAAGAUUUGUAAUGAAUUACUUUACUUUUUUUGUGCUAGUACGUACGGGUCGGGGGGCCUGGCUGGUCUUAGACACAAGUAGGAAGGGCUCAGAGGGAAAAAGGUUGGGAACCACUGAUCUACAGUACCUACAGCCCAGGAAUACCCUUCUAAGGGCCCACAGGGUUAAGGACACUCCCUGAUUCUCUGACUUGGACGGGGGAAAAAAACAAAAAAAAACUGGAAUGACUUCAGUGAUCUAACCAAUGUCUCUAUAUAUGUAUAAUGACCUGUCCAUUCCAAAUAAAGAAACAAUUAUAAAAAAAAAAAAUCACAUCCUUAAAAACAUCCGAGAAGUUUUGCACAUCAGAAACUACGGAGCAGCGUAUGGACUAAAGCCUGAAUUACACUUCUGCAUUUCUUCUUCGUCUUUAUUAACGCGGUUGGAAUGAUAGUUUGUUGUGUUAGGAUUUUAUGAAACUGUUAAAAGUAUGAGGGUUUUUUUCUAUAAGAUUGUACUCUGAUAGUUGCUCUCAGCACAGAACCAGCUCCUGUUUUUAUGACCAAACUGAUUAGCUGAGUUCUUCUUUAGGUGAGGACGGUGAAGAGGAACGGAUGUUUAAGAUUGAUGGGUCCCCUCCUGUUUUUCUCUGCGUUUGGGUUUUCGUACAAAACACCUCCCUUUUCAGUAUAAAUAUGACUGGAUUGAUGACCACAGGUUGUAUGAUGUCAUCCAGGUUCUUAUGGGAGACUGGACAGAAUUGUGUCCUGGUUUCUCUCAUUGGACACAGAGGUGUCUCAUAUCCUGCUCUAGCAUCGGAGAUCUGACUGACCGUCUGAUUUUCUGGAUCUUGUCAGUAAAGAAGGAGGUAAACUCAUGGCAGACAGGGUUGGAUAGAAGUUCAGGGUCCACUGACUCCGGGGGUUGUUAACCUGUUAACAGUAGUGAACAGAAUACAUUGUUGUCGUUUUUAUUAAUGAUUUCAGAAAAAUAAGAUUGUCUUGCAUUCCUCGGUUCUGUAUUAUAAAUGCUCAGUCUCUCUUUAUAAAUGUCAUAAUGAACCUGAAGUUUAGUUUUCUGCCACCUGCGUUCAGCUUUUCAACACUAUUUUGUAUAAAGUUUAUAGAGUUAUACAAUCUGCAACCUUACUGAGGCAGCAGUAUUAAUA